GCCAAUUGUAUAAAACUUUUAACCGCGCGGUAACCACUAAGUGCCAGUAACCAACAUGGUUACAUCGUGGUAAGCGAUUGUAUAGAUAACGUCAUACGUGGUAACCGCGAUAUAACCACGGUUAGUUUUAACCUACCUACAGGAGCUUGGUAACCACAAAGUAACCACUCAAACAUGGCCGCCAUUCAUUUUGUAAGACAUAGACGACCUCGACAGUUUCGACGUAUUGACAGACAAUUGACGGACUUGACGGAUGAAGAAUUACGCCAAAGGUACAGGUUUUCAGCUGACAACAUAGACAGACUUGUUGAACUUGUUGGACCAACUUUGGAGCGACGGACGCGACGUAACCAAGCCCUGACACCACGGCAACAAAUUUUGAUAACAUUGAGAUUUCUUGCUACAGGUAAUUUCAUGCAGGUUAUCGGCGACACCUUUGGCGUAGACGUUUCUACCGUCUCCCGGGUCGUGAGAGACGUUACCGACGUACUAUUUGGACUGAAAGACCAAUUUAUCAAGUUUCCUGUGACGGACCACGACCGAAGACGGAUCAUGAGUGGAUUUUACGCCAUUCGUGGGUUCCCAUCUGUAAUUGGUUGUAUUGACGGGACCCAUGUUAAAAUAAUUUCGCCUGGUUAUCCAGAUGAGGCUGCAUUUGUUAACAGAAAACACCAACACAGUAUAAAUGUCCAGGCGACCUGCGAUCACAAAGGGAUGUUCACAAGCAUCAAUGCCUGUUGGCCUGGAAGCUGCCAUGACAGCCACAUCUUACGAGUUUCUAAUGUAGGCCGGUACCUUGAAGCUCAUCACCAAGAUCCAGAGCGCGGAUAU